UGUGCGGGGAGGGCGCUCAGUGGUGCGGCCGGCGGGCGGCGAUGGCGGCCGUUCGGGGCCUGCGAGUGUCGGUGAAGGCAGAGGCCCCGGCGGGGCCGGCCUUGGGGCCCCUGUCACCUGAAGCGGAGUCCGGUUUGGACCGCGGCGAGCCGGAGCCCAUGGAGGUGGAGGAGGGCGAGCUGGAGAUCGUGCCGGUGCGGCGCUCGCUGAAGGAACUGAUCCCGGACACAAGCAGGCGAUAUGAAAACAAGGCUGGCAGCUUCAUCACCGGAAUCGACGUCACCUCCAAGGAAGCAAUUGAAAAGAAAGAACAGCGAGCCAAGCGCUUCCAUUUCCGAUCAGAAGUAAAUCUCUCCCAAAGGAACGUUGCCUUGGACCGAGACAUGAUGAAGAAAGCAAUCCCCAAAGUGAGACUGGAGACCAUCUACAUUUGUGGCGUAGAUGAGAUGAGUACCCAGGACAUCUUCUCCUAUUUUAAAGAAUAUCCUCCAGCUCACAUUGAGUGGUUGGAUGAUACCUCCUGUAAUGUCGUUUGGUUGGAUGAAAUGACGGCCGCAAGAGCCCUUAUCAAUAUGAGUUCUCUGCCAGCCCUGGAUAAGAUAAGAAGCAGGGAUGCCAGUGAGGACAAGUCAUCUGAGAAAAGUAAAAAAGACAAGCAGGAAGACAGUUCAGACGAUGACGAGGCUGAAGAAGGAGAAGUUGAGGAUGAGAACUCCAGUGACGCAGAGUUGGACACAUUGUCUCAGGUAGAAGAAGAGUCUCUGCUAAGGAAUGAUCUUCGCCCAGCUAACAAACUUGCUAAAGGAAAUCGGUUAUUCAUGAGAUUUGCGACGAAAGAUGACAAAAAGGAACUUGGAGCAGCAAGAAGAAGUCAGUAUUACAUGAAAUAUGGGAAUCCAAAUUACGGAGGCAUGAAAGGAAUUCUUAGUAAUUCUUGGAAGCGAAGAUACCAUUCCCGUCGCAUUCAGCGGGAUGUGAUCAAGAAGAGAGCCCUGAUUGGGGACGACGUUGGCCUGACAUCCUAUAAACACCGACAUUCCGGACUAGUGAAUGUUCCCGAGGAACCCAUUGAGGAGGAGGAGGAGGAGGAGGAGGCGGGGGAGGACCAGGACAUGGAUGCCGACGACAGGGUGGUGGUGGAGUACCACGAGGAGCUCCCAGCGCUGAAGCAGACCCGCGAACGGAGCACAUCUAGGCGGUCCAGUGCCAGCAGCUCAGACUCUGAUGAAAUGGACUAUGAUCUAGAACUGAAAAUGAUUUCCACUCCUUCACCAAAGAAAAGCAUGAAAAUGACCAUGUAUGCCGAUGAGGUGGAAUCGCAGUUGAAAAAUAUCAGGAACUCCAUGAGGGCAGACACUCUAUCCACAAGCAAUAUAAAAAACCGAAUUGGUAACAAAUUACCGCCUGAGAAAUUUGCGGAUGUCCGACAUUUGUUAGAUGAAAAACGUCAGCACACACGUCCACGGCCACCAAGCAGCAAUACUAAAACAGAUAUACGCCAGCGAUUAGGAAAAAGACCAUAUUCUCCAGAAAAGCCUUUUAGUAGUAAUCCGGUCGUUCGGAGAGAGCCCUUUUCUGAUGUCCAUAGUAGGCUUGGCGUUCCCAGGCAGGACGUUAAAGGCCUCUACUCGGAUACUCGGGAGAAGAAAUCAGGUAGUUUAUGGACUCGCUUAGGAUCUGCAACCAAGACCAAAGAAAAGAACACGAAGAAAGUGGAUCACAGGACGCCCGGCACUGAGGAGGAUGACUCAGAGCUGCAGAGGGCGUGGGGGGCUCUGAUUAAGGAGAAAGAACAGUCUCGCCAAAAGAAGAGCCGGUUAGAUAACUUGCCAUCUCUCCAGAUUGAAGUUAGUCGGGAAAGCAGCUCUGGUUCAGAGGCAGAGUCAUGAUGCCGUUGGAGCCAAGGCAGCUGCCCCAGAGCCUGCCGUCCUUGCGCUGGGUGGGGCGCGCAGGGGGGACCCCUGCCUGCGGGCAUUGGUGCCCCUUCGUCUUACACAGUCACACCCGCUCUUGCUCCAUCAGCAGGACAUCCUGAGAAUGUGACGUGUUUUGAAGGGCAUCUCUCUCAUCUUUUGCUGCAGAUGUUAUAGUUCUGGGCCCUCGGUUCUUUUCCCGCCGCCCCACAAGCUUUACCCUUUGAGGAAAAGGCAGCCCUCCAGAUUUUGUAGACAUUUUUCUUAAUAUUUUUAACAUUGUGUCUUUUAAAAGAAAUGUUUUACACAGUUCAUCCAAAGAGCAGAGAACUGAACUUCUCACUAUUGCCUUGGCCCUGACAGCUGUUCCCAGCACCCUUUUCCCAAGAAAAGUCAAUUCCCAGGUGCUUAUUGGACAGCCUUCGAGGGGGAAGAUGAGGGAAGCUGCCAGCUCACCCUUCCAGGACCCUAGUGUGGGGGCCGAGCCUCAUGGACCUGACCUCAGAGGUGCACCAGUGCCGCCAGGUAGACAGCUGCAGUGUCAAUCGCGCCUCAUUCCUCCCUGGGGAUUUAUUUCUGUUAGGGCCUCGGUAGCGCUCCGCGUGAAGCGAAGAUCAAGUUCAGUGCUCUGGGAUUUUUAGGAACAAAAUCUGUGACUUCUGGAUUGGGGAUGGAUUUUUGUGCUAGGGGUGGGGUCAUGGGUUAAUGUUGAACAAUUUUUAAGUCUGUAUUAUGUUUAAAAAUAUUAAUGAUUUAAAAGUUAAAAUUUUUAAUUUUAUAUGUGAAAAUACUUCCUGUUGGCUACAAGGGAAGCUCCAGUGGUGUCUUCUUAUGUGCUGUUAAAUAUAUAUUCUAUACUUUGGAAGAAGGCAA